AUGUGGGUAGGUGUGGUCGGCUAUGAUAUGACAUUCCUGAUCAUGAUCAUCACGGGAGCUCUCCGUGACAACUUCAGUGUGCUCCACUAUGUCCUUGUAGCCUUCUUCUUCCUCCUCCUCUUCUUGUAUGGUAGUAGAAGGGUGAUCUGGAGCAGGUUGUGCCAAAAAUUGCUCAAGAUCAUCGGCGCUCUUCUUAAGGCUCAGGAGGAUCGCCUCUGUUUCACGAUAGGCCUGGACACAAUGAUCCAUCCUGGAGCAUGA